CAUUGUCAUUGUUGAAUGAUAAGUAGGGUUGUUUAUUUGAAUUUCUUGGCCAUUUCUCUUGUCUCCCUGUUAGGAAGAAUUGGUUUACUAAGGCCAUUGUGUUCUUUCAGGACCUUCUCAAUUCAUUAUCUACAGGCACAAACUCUGCAGCUCCUCUCUCAGUUUCUUGUAAAUAUCAGGUUCCGGGAAAGUAUGGAUACAUAUUAUCCUAAUUCAAGCAACCAAGAAAGCCAUGUCUUGAGAGCUCCCUAUGUGCCCAUCCAAAAGCUUGAUUCUUAUAAUGAAUUAUCUCGCUUACCUGAUAACAUGUUCUACUUGAACCAAACAUCUGCUGAUGAUUCCUACCCAGAGCUGAAGUCUGGAAGUUCUCUAUCUCCAAAAAGUUGUGAUGGAGUUCCUUAUGUUGGGGGCACUGAUAGGGGUGUGUUUGUUCCGUUUAUGAGCGACUGUGUGAGUCCAUUAUUACCUCAGCAGGUAAAUAUGGCGGAGAGGGUACAAAAUAACAGGCUUAGUAAGCAGCAUAUUCUGUCAAGAACAUCAAGAGAAUGCGAAGAUUUACAUGAGCAAAGAUUAUCUCUUAGCCUCGGUGCAGAAUUAACGUCUUCCAGGCAGUUACCUUCGAUUCAGUACCAGUUUGGCAACUCAGAUCCCUUGCAACUAAUUAAUUUCCUUACUAAAGAUUCAGGGAAGGUUGGCUCUCAGAAUGAAGAAUCAAACACUGGCGAGUUUUUAUCAUUUGGUUUAAAUGGAAACGCUGAAGAUGUAACCAACUUCCGGGAUUUUAACAACUCUGAUAGCUCUAGACAAAUGCAGUAUGCUUAUUCAUUUGAAGGAUCACAAUAUUCAUUUGAAAACUCUAACUAUCUCAAGGGGGCCCAACAAUUACUUGAUGAAGUGGUAAAUGUUUAUGAUGCUCUUAAGAAACCGAAGUUCAAAUGUAUUGGUCAGGUUGAUAAAUGUGAAGGGAGUAACUCGUAUAUCAAGUCUGACCCCGGGCUUCGAUUAGAUAGUGGAAAAUUUUCUGGACUUGAAGAGUCUGCAAUGAAUUCCUCCGUUGCACUUCCGAAUGCAGAACGGCUGGAUCAAGAAAGCAAGCUGACGAAACUAUUGUCCUUGUUAAAGGAGGUUGAUACAAGAUAUAAACAGUAUUACCAUCAGAUGAGGAUUGUAGAAACAUCAUUUGAAAAGAUUGCGGGAUGUGGGGCUGCUAAACGAUACACAUCACUUGCACUCCAAACAAUUUCUUGUCAAUUUCGAUGCUUGCGUGAUGCAAUUAACAGGCAGAUCCAAGUCUGCCGUCAAAGCUUAGGGGAGCAAGAUGAUGAACCAAAUAGUUCAUUAUUGCCUCGCCUUAGCUAUGUCGAUAAGCAUAUUAGGCAACAAAGAACCCUCCAGCAGCUUGGUGUCAUGCGACAUUCAUGGAGGCCACAAAAAGGAUUGCCGGAAAGCUCUGUUUCUGUCCUCCGUGCUUGGUUGUUUGAGCAUUUUCUGAAUCCUUAUCCAAAAGAUUCAGAGAAAUCUAUGCUUGCGAGGAAGGCAGGUCUCACUAGAAGCCAGGUUGCAAACUGGUUUAUAAAUGCCCGAGUGCGUCUCUGGAAACCUAUGGUUGAAGAUAUGUACAAAGAGGAGUUCGGAGAUUUAGAGUCAGACAAGAAGGAAGAGGUGAAGGAAAGUGUAAUGUCCGGAGCUACUUAUGAUGACCAUUUGAGGCAAUUCAGUGGCCCAGGGGCUGAUCCCAGAUAUGAUCUAAAUAUGAAAGAGUCAACAAGACCAGAUUACAAGAAUCUCUCUCAGGGAGAUGGUGCCAUUGAUGGUGAGGUGAUAAGUUUGCAUGGUGACAAUUGGUCAGGUGUAGAUGAGCAUUACAUAUGUCCGCAAAAGUUUAUCACCUCCAAUCAAACAGACGGGAGUCUAAAUGCAAUUGCCUCACCGUAUGAUCUCUCUUCUUUCGGUGAUUUCACAAUCAACAGUCAAGUGUCAAAUUUUGUAUUGCAGUGCUUGCUUUGUCUUUCACUCUUUGAAACUCACCAAAUCAUACAGUACAUAGUAGUAAUAGAUUUGCUGCCACUUCAUAAUUUUCACUUUCCAAGCCUAUAUAUAAUAUAUCAACAACAUUCUCUCCCACAGUCCCACACUACUAUAGUCAUGGCUGAUCAAGAUUCACCCCCAACAUCAAACACCCUUCACCAGUUCCUUAAUCUAGACUACAUUUCAAACCAAACCCAAUAUGCAAACCAAAGUUUAAACGCUUUUGCAGCUGAUUUAAGAGGCAAUGCAUAUCAUCACUCUCUUCCUACCAUUCAAGAGAGAAUGUCUAGAUCAACUAACCUUCUUCAAGUUCAUUCAAAAGCCAAUGAGGCCGACUCAAACCAAGGCAAACACUUGCCAAAUCUUGUUGAAACAUCGAAUGAACCCGGUGCUCCCACGCAGAAAUUAUCGCUUUCUCUAGGCUCUUGGAUGCAAAGACCCUUAACUUCAAAUCUCAUGAAUCCCAUUUACUCAUGUAAUCCUGAGUAUGCGAUAUCGGAUAGCUGUUUCCCUUCCUCUUCAGCAUCACAAUAUCAAUUAUCUUCCAAUUUCUUUGGAACAGAGUCUUAUAUGAUUGCUAUCGGGGAAUCAAAAUAUCUAAAACCAGCUCAGGCCCUUCUUGAAGAAGCAGUUAGUGUUGGUGAAAAAGCAGUCUACUUGAACAAUGAAAAAAAUAUCAGAAAAUUAUCUCCCACUGAUAAGAAAGGAUCUAUAGGACUCUGCUCAGAGCUAAGAUCAGAAUUGUUCAACAGUGUUUUAUCCUUGGAGAAACAGGAACUUGAAGCUCAACUAUCAAAGCUCAUUUCUCUGUUAGAGGAGGUUGAGAGAAGAUUCGAGCAAUAUUAUCACCAUCUGGAAGAGGUGGUUUCUUCGUUUGAGCUCAUAGCUGGUGCAGAAGCAGGCAAGUCUUACACGGCUCUUGCACUUCAAGCUAUGUCAAGACAUUUUUGCAGCUUAAAAGAUGCCAUCAUACAUCAAAUAUGUGUUGCAAGAAGAAAACAUAUGCCAAGAAUCAACAUGGGUUUGUCGCAACUUAGCUUGAUUGAUCAAGAAAAUCGCGUGUCGCUUCAGCAGCUAGGAAUGAUUCAUAACACACGCCAAACAUGGAGGCCUAUUAGAGGAUUGCCUGAGAACUCAGUUACAAUCCUCCGUUCGUGGCUUUUCGAACACUUUCUGCAUCCAUAUCCGAAUGACUCUGAAAAGCUUGUACUGGCAUCACAAACAGGCUUGUCUAAGAACCAAGUUUCGAAUUGGUUUAUAAAUGCGCGAGUCCGACUAUGGAAACCAAUGAUCGAAGAAAUGUACAAAGAAGAGUUCGGAGAUGAUUCGGUGGAUCCAGCACUGGAUAGCAACUCUAUUUCGAAUGAAAGAAUCACAGAUGAUGUAGAUGAACCAAGUGUGUAAAUGUAUCUGGUUAACCGGUGCUGGAUUUCUAUCUAAAGUUGUGUAGGAGUAUUUAAAUAGCUUGGUUAUUUAGUCAAGUUAACUGAUGUAGUUCUAAAUUAGCUGCUUGCUGUGAAUUGAAAUGUUUGUAGCUCAUGUUGUCAGAUGCUGAAAGUAAAUUUGUCAAUUAUGUUAAAUUAUCAUUUUUUUAA